AUGUAUUAUCCAACUGUUGUUCAACCGACACCUGCGGGUACAUGGCCAAAUACAUAUCAAAUCAAUACUCAGCAACAACAACCCAUACCUACUGUAUAUUAUCAAGUACCUACAGUUACUGUUCCUUCUCUUUCCACUACAACAGCACCUGAAGUCAUUGUUUCACAACAACCAGUACCUACUGUAUAUUACCAAACACCUUCAGUAGCUAUUCCUCCUAUUCCGACUGCAACAACUUCUCAAACGAGUAUUCAACAACCACAGACCACUGCGACAACAACAAUAAAAACAACAACAACUCGAAUUCUCGAUCCAACAACUUUACCAACAAUAGAUCAAAAUUCUGUUACCGAAGAAAUAAAAACUACAAGAACUACUAAACCAGAAAUACCAGCAACACAAACAAUCGUUACUUCAACAGCAACAAGUGUUCCUCAAGUAACGACGACAACAAUUGCACCAACCAUUGAAACAACUACAAUUCAAGCAAGACCACAAAAUCAAUUUCGCCGUCUAAGAAGUCUUUCAACAUCGACAUAUUCAGGUAGUACAACAACUUCUACACGUUCCACAAUUACUCCACAACCUGAAAUUAUCAAACAACCGGUUGUUCUUCCACCACAAGUACCGAUUCAAACAACAACUAUAGCACCUGUACGUCGUGUAAUACAUCGUGCACAUGAUCGACCACGUACACCUAGUGGUUAUUAUUCAUCUGAUCUUGAUUAUGGAAAACGAAAAGUUUACAAAACAGAUUAUAAAUAUCGUCAUUAUUAUUGUUGUAAUGUAUGUAAAGGUCGUUGUGAUUUACGUAAUCGUUCAUAUGGUUGUUGUGAAUGGUUUUAUGGAUGUCCUGUAUGGGCAUUAAUUUUAUGUGGAUUAUUUUUUCUUGCUUUACUUAUAACAUUUCUUACAUUAUUUGGUUUACAACCAUCAAUUAAUUCAACACGUCGUGCUGAAACAGCUCAAACACGUUUAUUAAAUCGUACACAAAUUAUUUAUGGAUUUUAUAAAAAUUGUGGUUAUCAAAUAAAUGCAACAUCAGGUACACCAACUACACUUAUUUUAUGUACAAAUACAGCAACAACAACAACUGCACGUAUAGAAUUAUCAUCAUUCUAUACAGUAAUAAGUGGAACAAGUUAUUAUUCUUAUAGUAAAAUAUUAACUUUGGUUUUGUUAUUUAUUUGUUUUGAAAAUUUUCGAAUUUAA